GGAGACGCCCCCCCCACACCUCCAGGCGAGCCCGGUGUCUGCAAACCGCGGGCGGGCGGGCGAGCGAACGAGAGGAAGCAACAAAGACAAGCUGCAGCUGGGGCUGGCGAGAGGGGCCACGGCCGCUGGGCUCCCGGCGCGGGCGGAGAGGGCGCCCUGGGAGCGGCGCGGGCCGCGCUGCAGCCGUGAUCAGGGCCCCGAGGGGAGGCGCAGCGCCGCCCGCCGGACGCGGCGAGCACAGACCCUGGAGAGGAUGCGUCGCCUGAGCGCUCGCGCUGCCCCAGUCCUGUGCGGGCUGGACCCCUGCUGAGCGGAGAAAACCCCCAACUUCGGACGGCGCGAGCUGGCACCCGGAUAGCCCUCACCGACAGCGCUUCUUCCCACCCGGAAAGAGACAUAGGCCCCCGAGGGGGGCUUCCUCAGGCAGCCUCUGCCACCCCUGCAUGGCUGCGACCCGCCGAGCGGAGCGUCGUGGUCGCUGAGACCUGGUGCCCUUCGACGGCCUGGCUGAUCCGGGACCCUGCCGCAGAGUGCGCCCCACCAGGGCCCCCCAGCUCUGCCAUGCUGGCCUGUCUGCAGAGGACCCAGAACCCGCCGGGCCAACGCCUGGCCUGCCCGAGCAAGAGCCUGGAGCUGCGCAAGUGCGAGGCGGUGGCCAGCUCCAUGCAUUCCUCCCGCUACCCGAGCCCGGCCGAGCUGGAUGCCUACGCCGAGAAGGUGGCCAACAGCCCGCUGUCCAUCAAGAUCUUCCCCACCAACAUCCGCGUGCCCCAGCACAAGCACCUCGGCCGCACCGUCAACGGCUAUGACACCAGUGGCCAGCGCUACAGCCCCUACCCGCAGCACUCCACCGGCUACCAGGGCCUGUUGGCCAUCGUCAAGGCUGCGGUCUCCUCCUCCAGUGUGGCCGCACCCGCUGGGCCCACCAAAAGCGUGCUCAAGAGCGCCGAGGGCAAGCGGACCAAACUGUCGCCGGCCGCCGUGCAGGUGGGCAUCGCGCCCUACCCGGCGCCCAGCACUCUGGGGCCCUUGGCCUACCCCAAGCCGCCCGAGGCGCCUGCCCCGCCACCCAGCCUGCCCGCAGCUGCCACUGCCGCCUCUGUCAUCCCCCUGCCGGGCCGGGGCCUGCCCCUGCCGCCUUCCAACCUGCCCUCCAUCCACAGCAUCCUCUACCAGCUCAACCAGCAGUGCCAGGCCCCAGGCGCCGCACCCGCUGCCUGCCAGGGCGUGGCCGUUCCCCACCCCAGCCCGGCCAAGCACGGCCCGGUGCCCAGCUUCCCCAGCAUGGCCUACUCGGCCGCUGCCGGUCUGCCCGACUGCCGAAAAGGCACCGAGCUGGGCCACGGAGCCACCCCAGCCUUGACACUCGCCGGGGCCGCCAAGCCUGCAGGGUACGCAGACGCCGGCCUGGAUUACCUGCUGUGGCCACAGAAGCCACCCCCGCCGCCGCCCCAGCCACUGCGUGCCUACAGCAGUAGCACGGUGGCCAGCAAGUCCCCUGAGGCUUGCGGGGCCCGGGCGUACGAGUGGGCCAGUGGGUCGCCCCUCAACUGCGGUGUGGGGCUGCCCGCCAGCUUCACCGUGGGCCAGUACUUCGCUGCACCCUGGAACAGCGUGCUGGUGACCCCCACUAGCGACUGCUACAACCCGGCGGCGGCCGUGGCGGUCACCGAGCUGGGGCCUGGGGCAUCCCGGGAGCUGGCUGGGCCUCCCGCGGACGCCCUGUCGGGCCUGCCCAGCAAGAGCAUGUGCAACACGUCGGUGCUGAGCAGCAGCCUGCAGUCGCUGGAGUAUCUCAUCAACGACAUCCGGCCGCCCUGCAUCAAGGAGCAGAUGCUGGGCAAGGGCUACGAGACGGUGGCUGUGCCCCGGCUGCUCGACCACCAGCACGCCCACAUCCGCCUGCCCGUCUACAGAUAAGGUCUGCCCAGCGGACACGCGGGUGGACGGACAGGGCGCUGCAGGGGGAGGCAGGCCGCAGAACAGGGUGAGCGGCUCGCGGGGGCGCCCCGCCCUGCCCUGUGCUUGCCGAUGCCCACAGGGAAGCCGGGCUGGCCUCUGCCUCGUCACUGCCGGUUGGGGGGUGGCAGGGUGACCUCAAGCACCAAGGCUCUGUCCCACCAUCAGCUGCCCCAGGACACGGGGAGGGCCCCGGGGCAUCUGCUGACGUCCACGCCUUCCUCCAUCAAAGCUGGCGGAGGCAGGGAGAGAGAAACCACUUAAAAACAGGAAUGGUUCUUUCCGGGUCUCCUGGGAGAGGGGCUCAGGCCAGGGUGGGAUGCAGGAGGAAGUGGGACACUCCAGAGUCAGGGUGAGGGUCAGAGCAGCCCCCAGGGGUCAGGUGGCUGAGUUUUCCCACAUGAGCUCCCAGUCCCCUAGAAAAGGAGCAAAGAAAGGGGGCCUAUAGGAAGUCACUGGGCCCAGAGUGUCCCCCAACCAACCAAUCCAGGUGAAGACCACUCCGGUAGAGGCCCCAGGGACUACUGAUUCCGCUUUCCUCCCACCCUCCACCCCCACCAUUCCUUCCUAACCCAUCCCUGUUCUCCAAACCCUGGACUACCGUCUUCCCCCUUCCCUCUAAUAUAUCUUACAGGGCUGCUGGGCACAGUUGUGCAGGCUGUGCACUGCACAAGUGCACCUCAUCCAAGGAGACACCACUUGCAUCCUAAACUUGUAUAUUUAUUACAAUUUUCCGCAUUUUGAGGAAGGAGCACCAUUUUCCUAUUCGCACAAAGGCGCCAUAGGAGCUAACAAAGGGCCUGCAAUCUUAGACCCCAUUCAGAGGGACCCUAACUUGCCUUCUUCGGGGGGUCUCCUGGGAGCCAGUGAGGGGGCAACCUACUGGUUUUAACAGGGAGACCCAAUCCAACUCCGUUCCUGCAAACGACCCUCCAAGGCCUGUCCCACACCAUCGAGGAGGGGAAGGUAGGCAGGAGUCCACCCUUCCAUCAAGUCCGCAAGGCCCCGAGUCCCCAAGCCCCGGCCCCUCUGGCGCUCCAGAAGCGGUACUGUAUCUCUCUCCAAGGCCUGUUCGAGCACUAAGUGCAUUUACAAAUCUCUGAGAAUGUUUUUUUUUUAUACUAAAAUUGACCAUUAUAUUCUACUGUGAGAAGUGCAGUCUGCACUAUAUUGUUUUAAAAACGAAGAGAAAGAAAAAAAAAGGAAAACACAGAUGGUGUCUCA